AUGAUCACACGAUGGCGAACGACGAGAUUUUCUUUUGCGUGCAUCUUAUUUUUGAUCGCCUUUUCUUUGGGUUUUAUUGAGCACACUGAAGCUCGUGUACCGGGAAUUCGAUUUAUGAGCGAUCCGAUCGAAUUACUCUUGCAAGACAGCUACUCAUCAUUGCGACGAAAAAGUGUCUACAAUCGGGAUAAACCCCCAAGGACACGAGUCAUUGUUCGAAAGCGCAAAUACAACCCGCUGCCCACUUUCUACACGUCGAAUUUCGGUUUCGCGCCGAUUUCCCUUCAUCGUCGCCACAAUUCCCUUCCAUACACCGAUUUAUUAUUUGCGGGCAAA